UGUGAAAUUGUGAGUGAAAGAGGAAGCCGGUGUCGUGCUUCGAUUUAUAAAAUUUAAUUUAUAAAAUUUAUUUUUGAUAAAUUAAACUUUACUGUUUCGUAUAACGUUCCACUAUCUGUGCUAAGUACAAUAAUUUUGAUACAAAUCUUGUAUAUCUCCCAUCGAGAAGAAUCUGAGCACACCACGUGUGCAAUAAGAGUUUGCAGAAACUGGAUAUCGUAAAGAUUUGAAAUUCACGACGAAUAUACAAACACCAACAAUUAACUUCACUGCUACGUACGAAUUUAUAACCAAUUUGUAUCCACGUGCACAUUUUGUAAACAUGUCUGUAAAAGCUGAAGGUGAUUUGCGUGAUGGCCUGUCGGCCGCCGAAAUAUUUGCCAACAGUGAAGGUCUUACUUACAACGACUUUCUGCUCCUGCCUGGCUACAUAGAUUUCACUGCAGAGGAAGUUGAUCUCACGUCCCCCCUCACGAAGAAGAUAAACCUGAAAUCUCCACUUGUGUCAACUCCAAUGGACACAGUUACUGAAGCAGACAUGGCCAUAUCGAUGGCUUUAUGUGGUGGUAUAGGUAUUAUUCACCACAACUGCACACCAGAGUACCAAGCCAAUGAAGUGCAUAAAGUAAAGAAAUACAAACAUGGAUUCAUCAGAGAUCCUGUGUGUAUGGGACCUGACCAUACAGUGGCUGAUGUGAUAGAGGCCAAGAAAAAGAAUGGAUUUACUGGAUACCCUAUUACUGAAAACGGAAAGCUGGGAGGCCGACUGAUAGGAAUUGUCACCUCCAGAGACAUUGAUUUUAGGGAGGGAGAUCCACAACUCAGCCUCAAAGAAGUGAUGACUCCAAUUGAUGAAAUGAUCACUGCCCAGUCAGGUGUCACUCUUCAAGAUGCGAACUACAUCUUGGAGAAAAGCAAGAAAGGUAAACUUCCAAUAAUCAAUGGAGCUGGAGAACUUGUAGCUCUAAUUGCUAGAACUGAUUUGAAGAAAGCCAGAAGUUAUCCAAAUGCUUCAAAAGACUCCAACAAACAACUACUGGUUGGUGCUGCUAUUGGCACAAGGGAGGCUGAUAAAGGACGCCUCCAACUCCUUGUUGACAAUGGAGUAGAUGUAAUAGUACUUGAUUCUUCACAAGGUAACUCAAUCUAUCAAGUUGAGAUGAUAAAAUACAUCAAAAAAACUUUCCCAGAUAUCCAAGUUAUUGGAGGCAAUGUUGUAACAAGAAUGCAAGCCAAGAAUCUGAUUGAAGCUGGUGUAGAUGCUCUGAGGGUGGGGAUGGGCAGUGGCUCUAUUUGUAUAACUCAGGAGGUGAUGGCAUGCGGCUGUCCCCAGGCUACAGCAGUAUAUCAGGUUGCCACCUAUUCCAAACAGUUCAAUGUCCCAGUAAUUGCUGAUGGAGGCAUUCAAUCAGUGGGUCAUAUUGUCAAAUCUUUAGCUUUAGGAGCAUCAACAGUUAUGAUGGGUUCUCUGCUGGCUGGCACAUCUGAGGCUCCUGGAGAGUACUUCUUUUCUGAUGGUGUCAGACUGAAGAAAUACAGAGGAAUGGGAAGCUUAGAAGCCAUGGAGAAUAAAGAUGGGAAGGGUUCUGCAAUGAGCAGGUAUUUCCAUAAAGAAACUGAUAAACAUAGAGUUGCCCAAGGUGUGAGCGGCAGUAUUGUAGAUAAAGGGUCAGUUCUCCGCUUCCUGCCAUAUUUACAAACAGGGAUGCAGCAUAGCUGCCAAGAUCUUGGAGCCAGAUCUGUAACACGCUUACGGGAGAUGAGCUACUCUGGUGACCUGAGAUUCAUGAAGAGAACAUACUCUGCACAGCUGGAAGGCAAUGUACAUGGUUUGUUUUCUUAUGAAAAACGUUUGUUCUAGUUCAAUACAAUGUGAUAUAAGUUAUUUACUAAAAAUAUUUUCAAUGUCAAUAGUUCAAGUUGUAUGUGAUUGACAAAAAUGCUUCAGUAAAUAGAGAAUAUUAUUUUCUGUAUUUGUAUUUUAAGGUAUUACCUAUACAUAUAAGCGUAAAGAAAGUUUAUGUAUAAUUAUAGUAGGUAUAAAGUAUAAAUUCCAUUUUUAUAUUUUGUGCCCCAAUCUGAUGUUACAUAGUGACGCCAGACAGAUUUGUAUCCUGUACUCUACAAUAAAGUGUGUAUUAUUAAA